AUGGUAGAAGCUUCGCCAAUGAUCAAACGGGGUAGGCCUAUAAUGAACACUCCUGGUAGUCGGGAAUCAACUCAUGAUUAUUUUCCAUCUUCAUCUUCAGGCCCUCAAUUGGUGAAACAAGUUCAGAAAUCACACAACACAAAGGCUACCAAAGGAAAGCAGAAGAUCCAAUUUAAGGAUCGACAGUUUAACCUCGAUGGCACAAUUACAAAUAAAAAACACAUGCCCAAAAUAUUCAAUAUAAAUGACAUACCAAGAAUCGAUAUGGAAAUUUGUGAUGAGCUAUUGGAAGAUUCAUAUGCAAAACGACAUGGAUUUUGCACAGACUAUGUUGAUCAUGGAGAUGCAAUAUACAAAUGCUCAAAGUGUAAUGCUAUGCUUUGGGAAGCUGAAAUGCGCAGAGGUAAUGCUAAUGGAAAGAAGUCUGCAUUUAGUUUAUGUUGUAAAGCAGGCACUGUUGAGCUUCCACAACCACCACAACCUCCUGAACAGUUGUUCAAUUUGUAUAAAGAUGACACUCCCAAGGCAAAGAAUUUUAUGAAUAACAUUAGAGCAUAUAACAUGAUGUUUGCUUUCACAUCUAUGGGUGGUAAGGUUAACCAAGGCCCAUUGAAAGGUAGAGGACCAUAUGUAUUUAGAUUACAAGGUCAAAACUUUCAUCGAAUGGGUAGUUUGCUUGCGGGUCCAGGUGAAGAACCCAAAUUUUCACAACUUUAUAUAAUUGAUUCUGAGAACGAGCUUCAAAAUAGAGAAAAAGCUGUCAGUUCUGCUUCACAUGCCAAUAGUGGAAAAAGAAGUGACCUUCAAAGAGAUACAAUCCUUCUAAUCAAAAAUAUGUUGGAUGAUUUAAAUCCCCUUGUCAAAUCGUUCAGGAUGGUAAGAGAUUGUAUCAAAGAUAAUGAGUGGGAAAAUGUAAGUCUCAAGCUUAUUGCCACCAGAAAACAAGAUGGAAGAACUUACAAUUUGCCAACCACAUCGGAAGUUGCUGGAUUAAUAAUUGGCGAUAUUGAUUCAGUACUUGAUAAACGUGACAUUAUUGUUCGAACUAAUUCUGGUGUGUUGCAAAGAAUUAGUGAGUUGCAUCCUUCUUACCUUGCUCUACAAUAUCCACUUCUCUUUCCAUAUGCAGGAGAUGGGUUCAGAAUUGGUAUUAAGCACAGAGACAUUCCAAAUGAUUGUGAAAAACCUUAUACAACUCUGACUAUGAGAGAGUUUUUCUGCUAUUUAAUACAAGAUAGACCAGGUCAGUUUUCUUUGUUACUACAUGCAAAGAAACUAUUUCAUCAAUUUAUGGUAGAUGCAUACACAAUGAUAGAGUCUGAUCGGUUAUUUUACAUUAAAACUCAACAAAAGAAACUUAGAACCGAUUCUUUCAAAAAUUUGAGUGCCAAUGUUGAAAAUGGAACCACUGAUGCAUCAACUUCUAGAAAGCGCUAUCCAGAUUUGUUUAUAACGGUUACUUGCAAUCCAAAUUGGCCGGAAAUUUAUCGGUAUUUGAUUGAUAAGAAUCUGAAGCCUGAAGACAGGCCCGAUAUUGUAGCUAGAACAUUCAAGAUAAAACUGGAUUGCAUUAUUGAUGAAUUUAAGAAAGGACAAUUCUUUGGCCCGUUAAAAGCAGCUAUCUAUACAGUUGAGUUUCAAAAACGUGGUCUUCCCCAUGCUCAUAUAUGUUUGUUCUUGAGCAAUGAACACAAGUUCCCCACCGCAAGUGAUGUCGACCGUGUUAUUAGUGCCGAAAUACCCGACAAAACUAAAGAUCCGAAGCGUCGUAAUACGGGAAAUACAAUUGAAAAGAGUGGAAUCCCCCUCGACAACCAAUUUGUAGUUCCUUACAAUGCUACACUUCUUCGCAAAUACCAAUGCCAUAUUAAUGUGGAAUGGUGCAACCAAUCCGGUUCUAUAAAGUAUUUGUUUAAAUACAUAAACAAAGGACCGGAUAGAGUAACGGCUGCUGUUUAUAAAACUAAUGCGGAUGGAGAUGGCAAUACCGUUAACCCACCAGUAGAUGAAGUAAAGCAAUACCUUGAUUGUAGGUAUGUUUCAGCUUCCGAAGCCGCGUGGAGAAUUUUUGGAUUUGAUAUACAUUAUAGGUUUCCAGCAGUUGAAGUGUUGCCAUUUCAUUGUGAAAACGAACAGAGUAUUGUGUAUGAUGAUGAUUCGAAUCUAUUUGAUGUUGUCACCAAUCCUACUGUCAAACAUAGUAUGUUCACACAGUGGAUGGAAAUGAACAAAGUUGAUCGGUUUGCAAAAAACUUGAAAUAUGUCGAUUUUCCAAAACAUUAUGUAUAUUCACGGGACAAGAGGAAGUGGCAAAUAAGAGAGAGGAACACUGGAGGUUCAAUCGGAAGAUUAUGUUAUGUUCCACCAUCGCUUGGUGAUGUUUACUACUUGAGGAUUCUUUUGAAUCAUGUCGUAGGACCAACAAGUUUUGACCACAUCAAAACAGUUAAUGGGAAAAAAUGUGAAACCUUCAAAGAGGCAUGUCAAGAGCUAGGACUUCUAGAUGAUGAUAAGGAGUAUGUGGACGCUAUCAUGGAAGCAAGCGCAUGGGCUUCAGCCUCAUAUCUAAGAACCUUUUUCGUACAGUUGCUACUGUCAAGCUCUGUAUCAAGUCCAAAUGAAUUGUGGUCCAAAACAUAUCAACUUCUAUGUAAAGACAUACAGCAUAGGCAAAGGAUAUUAUUAAAUUGCCCAGGUUUGCAACUUCAAGAAGAAGAUCUUAAAAACCUUUGUCUUUCAUAUAUUGAAGAGUUGCUACUUAGCAAUGGUAGUACACUUAGAAACUUUCCAGAGAUGCCAUUCCCUAACACUCAUGGUGUCUCAGCGCUCAACAACCGAUUAAUACGAAAUGAACUUUUGUAUGAUAAGGUUGGUCUAUGCAGUGAGCAUGAAAGCUUAUUAAGAAGUUUAACUGCUGAACAAAAACAUCUUUAUGAAACAAUAAUCGAAGCAGUUGCAAAAGAUGAAGGAGGGUUGUACUUUGUUUAUGGAUACGGUGGUACGGGCAAGACAUUCCUUUGGAAAACAUUGACAGUUGCAUUACGCUCUAAAGGUGAGAUAGUUCUCAAUGUAGCUUCGAGUGGUAUUGCAUCUCUCUUACUAAGUGGUGGAAGAACCGCACAUUCUCGAUUUGUUAUUCCCAUUAACAUUAACGAGAAUUCAAUUUGUUCUAUUGAUCCAAGUAGUGAAUUAGCUGCUUUAAUCAAGAUAACAAAACUGGUGAUUUGGGAUGAAGCACCAAUGAUACACAAACAUUGUUUUGAAGCUCUUGAUAGAUCAAUGAGAGACAUUCUUCGUUCUAAUCAACCAAAUAGUGAAGAUAAAUUUUUUGGCGGUAAAGUUGUUGUUUUGGGUGGUGACUUUAGACAAAUUCUCCCGGUUAUUCCGAAAGGAUCAAGAAGCAAUAUUGUCAAUGCAUCUUUGAAUUCUUCAUACCUAUGGCAUCAUUGUCGUGUUUUGAAGUUGACCAUUAACAUGAGGCUACAAGUUGGGAGCAAUGUAACAGAUUUAGAAGAGGUCAAACAGUUUGAAGAUUCUGGGAAACCCCUUUCUUCACUUAUUGAAUUUACAUAUCCCAACAUGCUUAACAGCUUGCACGAUCCACUUUAUUUCCAGCAACGAGCAAUUCUUGCACCGACUCAUGAUGUGGUAAGCUCUAUCAACGAGAGGUUGUUAGAAAUGAUGCCAGGUGAUGUGAGCACCUAUCUGAGUUCUGAUGCCUUAUGUGAAUCCGAACAGAAUUCAGAAAUCAAUGCAGCAUUGUUUUCAACUGAAGUUCUAAACACUCUUAAAUUAUCGGGCAUGCCAAAUCAUAAACUGGUAUUGAAAGUUGAAGCGCUAAUAAUGCUACUAAGGAACCUCGAUCAGCAAAAUGGUUUGUGCAAUGGAACACGUUUGCAAGUAAUUAAACUUGGAAAGCAUGUAAUUGAAGCAAAAAUCAUCACAGGAACCAACAUAGGCCAUCAAGUUCUAAUAUCAAGAUUGAAGAUGACACCAUCCGAUAAGAGGAUUCCGGUCAAGAUUUGUCGAAAACAAUUUCCUAUCUCAGUAUGUUUUGCCAUGACUAUAAAUAAAAGCCAUGGACAAUCGCUCUAUCGUGUUGGUUUGUAUCUCCCACGACCUGUUUUUAGUCAUGGGCAGUUGUAUGUAGCUGUUUCGAGGGUAAAAAGCAAGAAGGGACUGAAAAUACUAAUCUGUGAGGAAGAUAACAAAGUAACUAACACCACCACUAAUGUCGUCUACAAGGAAGUGCUUCAAUGCUUAUGA